AUGUUGAGAGCUACCAAAUUGUGCAGCAACAAUGGAGCUGUGCGUUCAAAAUUAGUACAUCAUCAGCGCCUCAUGGGUUCCUCCGUGCUCAAGCGUCUGGAAAGUACAGCUGCCAGCGAGACUGUAGCCACAGCUGAAAAGAAAUCUGGAUCAGUUUUGGGCAAAGUGGUCGGUUUAACAUUGGUAUUGGGUUCAGCAUAUGGUGGAGCAACAUACUACGCCUUGCAAGACCCCAAAUUUCGUCAUCAAUUUAUUGAGUACGUACCUGGUGCCGAGCAAGCAUUGAAGUUUGUUCGCGAUGUGCAAAAGAACGACAGUUUCACCAAGGGAAGCACUGAAGGAUGGAAACAACAACUGGAUGAAUAUGCCAACACAGCUAAAUCUUAUGGCAACAAGAUCCAGGAAACAACCACAGAUGCCAUUGACUACGCUACAGACGCCUACCACACCUUGACUGGACAAAAGGAAGCACCCAAAUUACCUUCUUCCUCCAGCAGCAAGAUCAGUGCUGCUGAAACUGUCGCUGCUGCAUCAGCCAGCGCUAAGGUUGCCGUCAAUGUCAAUGAGAAGCCUUCGUUGAUCCCAGUGCCUCCCACCACCGACACAGCCACCACCAUGAAGCUCACCAGCGACAAGGCUGCUACACCUGCCAUUGUCAAUGUCGCUAUUGAAAAGCCUGAACCUAUCGUUGUCAAGGCUGUUCGCUCAAACAACAGCGUCGUCUGUGAGCUGUCUCAAAUCGUCACUGAAUUGGCAUCCAUCUUGAACCAAGCUGGAUUAUCUGGCUUGGGACGCACCGUCAUCAAGGAAGCUGAGACCAAGAUUCAACAACUCAACCAUGGAUUUGAAGCAUUGGAUGCAGAAGAAGCAGCUAUUCUCAAAUCGCUCAAGGCAUUGCGUGCUCAGGGCGAUCAAUUGGAAGGCAGUUUGGAGAAAUACCAUGUAGAAGCCAAGCAAGCCAUUCACCAAUCUCAUGUCGACACUGCUGCUACUAUUGUGGCCCGCGAAGCACAACUCAAGAACCAAUUCGAACAAACUCGUGCCGAAAUGAAGACCAGCUUUGCCCAACAAUUAGCUGCUGAUUUGCACGCUCAACAAGAACGUUUAGAAAAGGCCCGUGCUGAUGCACUUGUAGCGCAAGGACAAGAAUUGCAGCGUCGAUUUGUCAAGGAAGUCAAGCUUCUGGUCGAGCAAGAACGUGCCGGCCGUUUAGCUAAAUUGGAUGCCAUUGAUAAGCGAUUCCAAGCCUUAGCUAGUUAUGCCAUUCAAAACGCACAACAACUCGAUACAUCGCGUCAACACCAUGUGAUCCAUGUUACUGUCGAUGCUUUGGCCGACGUUCUUGAGCAACCUCGUCAACAACCCUUUGCAGAUGAAUUGCAAGCGCUCAACCACAAUGCCAAACAAGAUGCAUUGAUCCAGACUGUGUUUAGCGUGGUUCCUCAACAAGUGGCCGAGCAAGGCGUUCAUACCAUGAGCGAACUAUCCACUCGUUUUGAAAGUGUUUCGGAUGAAAUUCGCCAAGUCGCACUCGUUCCUGAGGACGGUGGCUUUGGUUCACAUAUUAUUAGUUUUGUCAUGUCAUGGCUCAUGUUUAAAAAGCAAGGCUUGGUUGAUGGCGAUGAUGUGGAGUCUAUUUUAUCUCGCACAGACUAUUACUUGAAGAGAGAUAACUUGGAAUAUGCCACACGUGAAUUGAAUCAAUUGACUGGAUGGCCUAAAAGAUUAGCUCAUGAUUGGAUUCAAUCAGCCAGACGUCAUUUGGAGGUGAAACAAGCAUUAGAGGUUGCAGAAACACAGGCUGUGUUGUUGAGUCUUUUGGAGGUUUAG